CACACCCCUCUCCGCACACCACUCAGUUGCUGCCCAUCAUGGCCGGCAUCAACGCAGGCGAUGCCAAGCUCGUCUUUGAGAGCAGCGAGGAGGUCAAGAUCGCGCCCACCUUUGACGCCCUCGGCCUCAAGGAGGACCUGCUGCGCGGCAUCUACGCCUACAACUUCGAGAAGCCGUCUGCGAUCCAGCAGCGUGCCAUUCUGCCGAUUGUGCGCGGGCGCGACGUGAUUGCUCAGGCGCAGAGCGGCACGGGCAAGACGGCCACCUUCUCCAUCUCCAUGCUGCAGGCCAUCGACACGACGCUGCGCGAGACGCAGGCGCUGGUGCUCAGCCCCACGCGCGAGCUUGCCACGCAGAUCCAGAGCGUCGUGCUGGCGCUGGGCGACUACAUGAACGUGCAAUGCCACGCGUGCAUCGGCGGCACAUCGAUUGGCGAGGACAUCCGCAAGCUGGAGCACGGGCAGCACAUCGUCUCGGGCACGCCGGGCCGCGUCUUCGACAUGAUCCGGCGGCGGUCGCUGCGCACCAAGAACAUCAAGAUGCUCAUUCUCGACGAGAGCGACGAGCUGCUGAACAUGGGCUUCAAGGACCAGAUCUACGACGUGUACCGCUACCUGCCGCCGGCGACGCAGGUCGUGCUCCUGUCUGCUACGCUGCCGCACGACGUCCUGGAGAUGACGACGAAGUUCAUGACGGACCCCAUCCGCAUUCUCGUCAAGCGCGACGAGCUGACCCUUGAGGGCAUCAAGCAGUUCUUCGUGGCCGUCGAGAAGGAGGACUGGAAGUUCGACACGCUGUGCGAUCUCUACGACACGCUGACGAUUACGCAAGCGGUCAUCUUUUGCAACACGAGGAGGAAGGUCGACUGGCUGACGGAGAAGAUGCGCGAGAACAACUUCCAGAUCAGCAGCAUGCACGGCGAGAUGCAGCAAAAAGAGCGCGACGCCAUCAUGGGCGAGUUCCGGACAGGCUCGAGCCGUGUGCUCAUCACGACGGACGUGUGGGCGCGCGGCAUUGACGUGCAGAACGUUUCGCUGGUCAUCAACUACGACCUGCCGGGCAACCGCGAGAACUACAUCCACCGCAUCGGUCGCUCGGGCCGCUUCGGACGCAAGGGUGUUGCGAUCAACUUCGUCACCGUCGAGGACGUGCGUAUCCUGCGCGACAUCGAGCAGUACUACGCCACGCAGAUCGACGAGAUGCCCGUCCGCGUCGAGGACCUCCUCUAAUGCUGUCCCGCCCCUGUACUUUUCCUUCGUGCCGUCCAAGCCAAAAUACUCAUGUCAUCGCUGCUU